CUGACAUGUGACUGACAAGAAUAACAUCCAGAGCGAAAAGACGAACUGUAUAGAAUACUUGAAACAAAAUAACCAAAUAUCCUAAUUAUUUCAAAGGAAAAAAAGAUUAUGUACUGUAUACGAAAUUUGGUCUUGUCUUUAUAAUAAACAAACGGACGCUAUAUUUCAUUCACCAUGUUGGAAAUUGUAAACGGAUUUCUUCUAAUAUAUUUCGUUAUUCUAUGCACUUUAAGUGCUAUAGUUCCAAUUUUAGUGAAACCGAUAGCAGCUUGCUUUUCGAGGCCGUCUAGCGAGGAACGUGUAAUUCUAAACGAUUUAAAGAAACUCAAAGCAGAACAACAAAGUAUAUCAAUGAAAGAUGAAUUUGCUGCAUACUCGAAACUGCAGCGAAAAAUAAAUAAACUCGAUGUCGAAUUAAAAGAGAACUCACAAUCGCGAUUAAGCAAGAGUUUGGCUAUAAAGGGAUCAAUAAACAUCAUUCUCCAAGUGGUGAUAGCACUGGUUAUAAUUAUAUCAGUUAUUUGGUUUAGACGUGAACCAAUUGUGACCUUGGAUGGGGAUCUUUUUCCUCUCACUACGAUGCUUAGAUAUCCCAGCGAUAUGCCAAAUGCAAUCUCAACUCAUGUAUGGGUUUUAAUUUCAAAUGUGUCAAUUAGAUCAUUACUUAAACCAAUUUUAUCAUGAUAAUACUAAUGAAUAAAUAUGUGUUGACUUUGUGUAAUGGUAAUUUAUUAUUAUAUUUGAUUAUUGCUGUGGUCUGGUUCUCUAUAGCUUAAUAUUGAUAACUUUAAUAUACAGUAAGCCUUCUUAAGUUAACCUAAAGCAUUUUAGCAAAAUAAUAAAUAUUUUUUUAACAAUUUGGUGGAUGACUCAAAAAUGUAAUUUGGCUCUCAGCACCAGGUCAUAUAAUGGUUAUGGUAAUUGUUCAAUUCAGAAUAAAUAAGGGUGGUUAAACAGAAA